AUGGAGGACCACACCAAAGACAACGAGCCAGCGCCCUCAUACUCGGAUAUCUUCCAGCGUCCAGCGAAUCUCUUCUCUGGUGUACGUGUUCCACCUUUCCCAGUUCCUUCAUUCCACGUUGGUUACACCCGCGUAAACCAAGAGUCCGACGCUGAAGCAGGCGAGAUCCAUAAUCAUGGCGAUACCGCCGUCCCUCUAAACACCAGACCAGUGGACGGCCAAGCGCAUGUCCACUGCGAAGUCUGCGAUAGACAGAUGGAUAGACGGGAGAAGGCCAAGCACAAGGAGUAUAAGUGCCAUGUUGUGUCGAGGACGUUCAUUCUUAUCACUUUGUUCAUGAUGAUUUUCGGGAUCGUCUCUGUUACGACAAUUCAUAAGGGGAAGAAGUAA